AUGCAAGUCUCUGCAAAUGUUCCAGAUUCAAAUACCACGCCAAGCAAGCACGGAAAUUUUAAACAUGUUGAAGUCAAGAAAACAGAUGUUGUUAGAAACCGUACCAGCAGACCGAUAAAAUACUGUUGUAAUUGUGGCUCGUCUUUACAUGAAUUUGAUACCUGUCCAGAAAAGGAACGCGGCCCUAAAUGCUUUGAAUGCAACCAGUUCGGGCACAAAAAAUCAAAUUGUCCUAAUAGAAAGCAAAUAAGUAUAAGUACCCAAAUUGCAACAGUAAACAAUACCUGUAUUUACGUAAAAGCAAAUGGUGUUUUGUUUGAAAGUUUGAUUGAUACUGGCAGUGAUAUUUGUUUAAUAAAAAAUUCUUGUUUAAAGUUAAUUAUUCCUUUAUCUAGUUUUAGAAACACCUCCCUUUCUAUAUCCGGUUUAGGAGCUACUGUUGUUUCUAAAGGAUAUUGCAAGCUUGAUUUGGAAAUAAAUCAAGAUAUUUACGUUGACGUAGUUGUUCACAUAGUCGAUGAUAACUGCAUGAAGAUGCCUAUCAUAUUAGGAAUGAAUUUAUUGCGUCAAGCUAUAGUAAAUAUUGAUGGAGCAGAUAUAAAAAUUAAUACUGAACCUGAUUACGCUGACCUUCCCGGAUUAAGCAAUCUGAAAAAAGAAAUUGUUACUAAAAUAAUUACUAUGAUCGAAAAUUACUCACCUAGAAUGUUGAAAGAAUCACCAAUCCAAAUGAAUAUUAUUCCGCUUGAUAAUAAACCUAUGAAGACUGGUAUCAUUGUUGAAAGUUCUUCUGAUCAUGCUAGUCCUGUGGUUCUAGUAAAGAAAAAAUACGGUACACAUCGACUCUGUGUGGAUUUUAGGGCAGUAAAUAAAAGAAUUCGCAUGCAUCAUUAUGCUCUGCCAGUAAUAGACGAUCAGAUAGACAAGCUUCAAGCAAACUCAGUAAAUGAAUCUAUUGACCGUUUGAGAAUGGUAUUAGAUGUUGCAUCCCAGAAUGUUGAAUAUCUUGGUCACAUUAUAAAACACGGGACUGUAUCACCAUCAACUUCAAAAACCAGAGCUGUGCGAAACUUUCCUGAGUCAACAACGACAAAACAACUGCAAAGCUUUCUGGGAUUGACAAGUUAUUUAAGAAAAUUCAUUCCACAAUACUCAAAAAUCGCAAAACCUUUAAGCGAUAUGUUGAAAAAAGAUGUUAAAUUUAAUUAUGAUGAUUACACCGAACUUCACACCGAUGCGAGUAAGCACGGAAUAGCAGCUGUUCUAUUGCAACGUGACCCUGAUGAUGGCGAAUUGCAUCCUGUUCAUUAUGCAAGUAGAAAGACAACAGAAGCGCAACAGAAAUGGUGCAGCUAUGAACUUGAAGUUUUGGCUGUAAUAGAAGCUGUAAAGAAAUUUAGAACGUAUUUACUUGGCAAACACUUUAAGCUCGUUACAGACUGCAAAGCAUUUAUGAUGACUUUAAAGAAAAAAGAUCUUGCUACCAGAAUUGAACACCAUAGUAAACAGGAAGCCCAAAAGAAAGAUGAAAAAUUAAAUACCAUUGUUGAAGUUUUGAAAAAUGGUCCAUACAAAGAUUUUAGCAUACACCACGAUAUUCUGUGCAAAACUGUAAAUGGAAAAUUAUUAUAUGUUGUACCGGACGGCAUGAAAAACUUACUAGUUGCUACUGUUCACGAAAAUGGUCAUUUUCACCAUGCUAAAAUGAAAAAGAAAAUUGAAGAAGAAUUUUACUUACCUGAUUUAAAGACAAGAAUCGAUUCCUGUUUAGCCAACUGUAUUCAUUGCAUCCUAGCUGAAAGAAAAAAUGGAAAACCAGAAUGUUUACUUAACCCUAUUCCGAUGGGCGAUAAACCAUUGGAAACUUUUCAUAUCGAUCUCUUUGGUUCGAUGAGCGCCACUAAGAAGGGAUACAGAUUCUAG